UGCAAGAUCCAUGUGCCAACAGUUUCUGUCAGAAUGGUGGAACAUGUGUUCCUGUUCUUGGUUCUUGUAGAGAUUGGAGCUGUGCUUGUGCUGAAUGCUAUACUGGAACAUACUGUACCCAACAAAUAAAUCCAUGCCAGAAUUCCCAGUGUCAGAAUGGUGGUUUCUGUGUUCCUGUGGCAGGAUCCUGUACUGACUAUACCUGUACAUGUACUGGAUGUUAUACUGGGCAAUAUUGUACAACAUUAUUGAAUGCAUGUGACAACCAUCAAUGUCAGAAUGGAGGUACUUGUGUUGCUAUCUCAGGAUCCUGCGAGUUAUAUCAGUGUACAUGUCCUACUUGCUAUCUUGGACAGUAUUGUGAGACAUUACAAAAUCCAUGUGCUAAUAGCUAUUGUCAGAAUGGUGGAACAUGUGUUGCUGUUCUUGGUUCUUGUACAGAUUUUACUUGUACUUGUCCUUCAUGCUAUACUGACCAAUACUGUACAACCUUCAUUGAUGCCUGUCAGAAUAACCAGUGUCAGAAUGGUGGUGUGUGUACUGCUGUUCAAGGUUCCUGCACUGAUUACACUUGCCAAUGUAGUUCAUGUUACAUUGGACAAUACUGUAGUACCUUGUUAAACCCCUGUAGCAAUCAUCUUUGUCAGAAUGGUGGUGUAUGUGUACCCUUGCCAGGAUCAUGUACAGACUACCAAUGUCAGUGUGCAACAUGUUACAGUGGUCAAUACUGUACAGAAUUUUCUAACCCAUGCCAACCUAAUCAAUGUCAGAAUGGUGGUGUUUGCACAGCAUCUCCUGGUUCAUGUGUAUCCUUCACAUGUGAUUGCCCUGGUUGUUACACUGGAUUCAAUUGUGAAACAUUGUUGGAUCCUUGUCAGACUGCUUUCUGUCAGAAUAAUGGUAUAUGCAUUGCCCAGCCAGGGUCAUGUACUGAUUACAGUUGUAGCUGUGUUGGCUGUUAUACUGGACAGUACUGUACAACAUUGAUAAACCCUUGUUCAGUUGAUGCUUGUCAGAAUGGAGGAGCUUGUGUACCUGUACCAGGAUCAUGUACUGAUUAUACUUGCCAAUGUCCAACCUGCUAUAGUGGUACCUACUGUGAACAAUUCACUGAUGCUUGUCAAAAUAAUCCAUGCCAGAAUGGUGGUUUCUGCCAAGCAGUUUCCGGAACUUGUUCACAAUAUUCCUGCCAAUGUACUGGAUGUUACACUGGACCAACCUGUUCUACUUUGUUGGAUCCAUGUGCUAACAGCUUUUGUCAAAAUGGUGGACAAUGUGUACCUACCCAAGGUUCCUGUACUGAUUGGACAUGUGUAUGUGCUGCAUGUUACACCGGUCAAUACUGCUUUGAACGUAUUAACCCAUGUGCCAAUUCAGCGUGUCAGAAUGGUGGUUUCUGUAUUGCAGAUCAAGAAUCUUGUACCCAGUAUACAUGUCAGUGUACUGGUUGUUACACUGGCACUUACUGCACGCAACUGAUAAAUCCAUGUGACAACAAUCCUUGCCAAAAUGGUGGUCAGUGUCAGGCUAGUCCUUCAGACUGUUCUGCCUAUUCAUGUGUUUGUAACAGAUGUUAUACUGGUCCAACUUGUUCUGUUGAGAUGAAUCCUUGUCAAACAAAUCCUUGUAUGAAUGGUGGUGUAUGCAUAGUUGAUCCGUCAGAUGCAGCAUGCUCCAGAUACAUUUGCAGAUGUGCCGGGUGUUAUACAGGAACUGUUUGUGAAACUCGUACGAAUACACAAUGUGAUGUAAACCCUUGUCAGAAUAAUGGAGUAUGUCAACCCCUUGCUGGCUCCUGUCAAGGGUAUAGCUGCAUUUGUGUUAGUUGCUACACUGGUCCUACAUGUUCUCUACUUGUACCUCGUCAGUGUGAAACUAAUCCUUGUAUGAAUGGUGGAAUGUGUACACCAAGUUCCAACUCGUGCUCAGAUUAUACCUGUGCCUGUGUUGGCUGCUUCACUGGACAGAACUGUAAUCAGCCCAUUCAAGAUCCAUGCACACAAAAUCCAUGCAAUGUUGGUAGUUGUUCUAUAGUUCAAGGUUCAUGUACAGCCUUUGAAUGCACCUGUCCUGAAUGUUAUACUGGAGAAAAUUGUCAAAAUUUUGUUCAGAAUCAGUGCCAGGCAAAUUCAUGUAGUAAUGGAGGUAUAUGCAUUGCAACACCUGGAUCAUGUUCUAGUUUCUCCUGCCAGUGUACUGGGUGUUAUUCUGGACAAUUCUGUGAAAUUCGUGCAAGUACAGCAUGUUCUUCUAACAAUCCCUGCCAAAAUGGCGGCACAUGUGAACCCAUGGAAGACUGUAAUGCUUAUCAAUGCAACUGUCCUUCUUGUUAUGUUGGACCGCAUUGUGAAUAUGUUGCCAACACAGUGUGUACUGUAACAAGUACUUAUCAAAACCCAUGCUUGAAUGGUGGUUAUUGUAUACCAGACUUCACUUCAUGUUCAGCUUAUACUUGUCACUGUGUAGGAUGUUUUACUGGUAAUAACUGUGAAACAUAUUCCCAAAACCAGUGUCUGAAUAACCCUUGUCAGAAUGGUGGUACAUGUGUGCCUGAGACUGGUCAUUGCUCUGCCUAUAAUUGCAUGUGUACAACUUGCUACACUGGACCACAAUGUCAAUUCUUUCUUCAAGGCCAGUGUACUAUUAAUCCAUGUCAGAAUGGAGGUGUUUGCCAAGAAGCUCAAAAUUCAUGUACUGAUUUUAUGUGCCAGUGUUCAGGAUGUUGGACUGGACAGCGAUGUGAAACAUAUUCAAAUACUCAGUGUGACAUAAAUCCAUGUCAGAAUGGUGGUGCUUGUGUUGCAGUACAAGGAUCAUGCCAAGCUUAUAUAUGUGAAUGUCUUUCAUGCUUUGUUGGACCUAACUGUCAAUUCCAGAUUCAAAGUCAGUGUAAUCCUAAUCCUUGUCUCAAUGGUGGAGCAUGUGUUGUUACUCCCAAUUCAUGUUCAUCAUAUACCUGUACUUGUAGUGGUUGUUUCACUGGUAGCCACUGUGAAAUACCAACAAGUUCAGCAUGUUCAACUAACCCAUGUCAGAAUGGAGGGACUUGUACUGCAGUUGCAGGAAACUGUGAAGCUUAUACUUGUACAUGUCAAUCAUGCUAUCAUGGUGGUCAGUGCCAGUUCUUUGUUGCUAAUCAGUGUAAUCCAAACCUGUGUCAAAAUGGUGGAGUGUGCGUUGCAAUCCCUGGUUCUUGUUCAUUAUUUCAAUGUCAGUGUAGUGGUUGUUACUCAGGCCAGUAUUGUGAAAGCAGUACCCAACACAUGUGUGAUAUCAGUAAUCCGUGUAUGAAUGGUGGUACCUGUAUGCCAGAUCAAUCACAUUGCCAGAGUUAUACAUGUGCUUGUCCGUCAUGCUACUCUGGUUACAACUGUAAUUACUUAUUACAAUCACAAUGCAAUACACAACCAUGUCAGAAUGGUGGCAUCUGUACUCCAACUGUUGGAUCAUGCACAGAUUUCACUUGUGAGUGUGAUGGAUGUUAUAUUGGCCAAUACUGUCAAACAUUGAGUGUAUCCGCAUGUUCUCCUAACCCAUGUAUGAAUGGUGGUACUUGUAAUCGAAUUGGAAGUUCCUGUACUGAGUAUGCUUGCAGCUGUACAUCUUGCUAUCAGGGUAGCAAUUGUCAAAUACCUAUUGCAAAUCCCUGUGCUAAUUCACCCUGUCAAAAUGGUGGCCAGUGCACACAAGUACCAGGAUCCUGUACCGAUUACACAUGCACAUGUUUGUCAUCAUGCUACUCUGGAUUCAACUGUGAAAUAGCUCUUUCAAAUCCAUGUGACAAUUCUCCAUGUUUAAAUGGUGGUGUAUGCAAUGUUAACACAGACUGUUUAUCCUUUACCUGUUCAUGUCAAUCUGGUUACACUGGAAAUUUCUGUCAGAACAUUGUCCAAGAAAAUCGAUGUGCUCCCAAUCCUUGUCAGAAUGGUGGUACAUGCUUUGACUAUGGUACUGGUUAUUACUGUCAGUGCCCAAAUUGCUAUACUGGAACUUACUGUCAAACAGCUUUGGCCAGCCCAUGUCAAGUUAAUCCAUGUUUGAAUAAUGGAUUGUGUACAGUUUUAACUGGAUGCAUCUCAUAUAGCUGCACAUGUCAAUCUGGAUAUACCGGCAAUAAUUGUCAGAUAUCAAUAACAUCAAAUCCAUGUGACAAUUUCCCAUGUCAGAAUGGUGGAACAUGCUAUAACUUGGGAUCAGGUUCAUACAGCUGUCAAUGUGCAAGUGGAUGGACUGGUAAUCAGUGUCAAACAUUUGUAACUACCAAUGCAUGUGACAAUUUCCCAUGUCAGAAUGGUGGAACAUGCUAUAACUUGGGAUCGGGUUCAUACAGUUGUCAAUGUGCAAGUGGAUGGACUGGUAAUCAAUGCCAAACAAGUGCAGGAAAUCUUUGUGCUCCCAAUCCUUGUCAGAAUGGUGGUACAUGCAAUGACUAUGGUACUGGUUAUUUCUGUCAGUGCCCAAAUUGCUAUUCUGGAACUUACUGUCAAACAGCUAUGGUCAAUCCAUGUCAAGUCAAUCCAUGUUUAAAUAAUGGAGUUUGUACAGUUUUAGCACAAUGUGCAUCAUACAGCUGCACAUGUCAACCUGGAUUUUCUGGAUACAACUGUCAGACAAUUACUACCAAUGCAUGUGACAAUUUCCCAUGUCAGAAUGGUGGAACAUGCUAUAACUUGGGAUCGGGUUCAUACAGCUGUCAAUGUGCAAGUGGAUGGACUGGUAAUCAGUGUCAAACAUUUGUAACUACCAAUGCAUGUGAUAAUACCCCAUGUCUUAAUGGUGGAACAUGCAUAAACUUGGGAUCGGGCUUAUACAGUUGUCAAUGUGCAAGUGGAUGGACUGGUAAUCAGUGUCAAACAUGUAAGUAUUAA